AUGGAUUAUCGCUUGCGGCUAGCACUCUGCUGCAUAAUCGUAGUAAUAAUUUUACAGUUGCAGGUGGCAAGUGCCAAUCGUGAUAUCGAAUUGAAUUCCUUUCAACCGUUGUCGGAGUAUGAUGACUCCUGGGUGGGUUGGGAUACUUUGCGUUUGAAGAAAAAAUCACGCACGGAAUUAGGACUGACAGGCGAUGUAAAGAUCCAGCAGAAUUUGGGCAAUCAGCAGAAGGUUUCACUGCAAAUUUACAAAUACAAUCGUGAGAGUAAACGACGCGGUCCGAUUGUGUUUCAAACGCAAGAACCUUUCUGCGAAUUAGUGGAAUCGCUCCAAAGCACAUAUGACAGCAUGGUGGAAGCAUCUAAUUUGCCAAAAGAGUUUGAGUGUCCAUUCCCUAAGAACACUUACACCUAUAAGGACUAUGUACUUGAUACCGAUUUGCUUGUGAAGGAUGUGCCGAAUGGUGAUUAUCUGCUUGUAGCUGUCUUGAAAAAUGGUGAAAAAGCAGUAAGUGGCAUCGAAGUGGAUCUGACAGUUAAAAAUUAAAUAUUUAAUUGUUUACAAAUUAUUUUUCUUUUCGAAAAUAUAUGUAUUUUCAUUGUUUUCUCUAUAUUAGUAUUUACAUCAUAAAUCUUUAUAUUUCGUACAACUAUGUAUCUCUGCUGCUGAACUUCUUAACAAUCUUGCUAGAUAUUAAUAUUUCGAAAACUAAAUAAAACAUGUAAUAAGAAGAA